GAUGGAUCUCCAUGCGCCCACGGCGUCCUGAGUCACAUCCGGGCACUGCGCCCAUGACGUCAGGCUGCCAGAUCCGCCAUUGUGUCGGUGGUGGGUCCGAAGCUCGGAGAAUGAACGGCGGUUCACAUUUGGCCAUGUCUCGGCCAGGAGGACCGCGGAACGGGGCGAUGAAAAUACGUCUGACAGUGUUAUGUGCCAGAAAUGUGUCCAAAAAAGACUUCUUCAGAUUACCAGACCCCUUUGCCAAGAUAAGUGUGGAUGGGUCGGGCCAGUGCCACUCCACAGACACAUGUAAGAACACACUGGACCCCAAGUGGAAUCAACACUACGACUUGUUUAUUGGCAAGAAUGACUCCAUCACCAUCAGUAUCUGGAACCAUAAAAAGGUGCACAAGAAGCAGGGUGCUGGCUUCCUGGGGUGUGUCCGCAUCAUGGCUAACGCUAUUGCUAGGUUAAAGGACACAGGGUAUCAGAGACUAGACUUAUGUAAAAAGAAUCCUGACGACAACGACAAUAUCAGGGGCCAAGUAGUAGUGAGUCUUAUGUCGCGAGACAGAGGGAUAGGGGAUAGAAGUGCGGUUGUUGACCACAGAGGGAUCCCAACUGCCGUGUGUUUAGAUGCCAACGAGCUUCCAGAGGGUUGGGAAGAGAGAAGAACGUCGUCAGGACGGGUCCAGUACCUGAACCACAUCACCAGAUCUGUACAGUGGGACAGACCACAGAGACCAGCCAUAGAAUAUACCCCCAGUAGUAGAGAUAGAGACAGAGAAAACGAGGAAAGACAGGCUAGACGGGCGAGCCAACUUCUAGAGCUGCAACAACAACAACAAUUGCAACAACAGCUUGCACAACAACAACAACAGCAACAACAACAACAACAGGCUGCUGCUCAGGGAGAAUCUUCUAGGAACAACGGAGUAUCGAGACGGAGAUCCUCACAGAGACAUCGGAACUACAUCAACAGAUCUGAACUACACCGACUGGAGCUUCCUGAGGGAUAUGAACAAAGAACGACCCAGCAGGGGCAGGUGUACUUCCUGCACACACAGACAGGUGUCAGCACCUGGCACGACCCUAGGGUACCCAGGGACCUGGGGGAUAUCAGUGAAGAGGACCUGGGACAGCUGCCCCCUGGAUGGGAGAUCCGACACACGGCCACAGGAAGGGUAUACUUUGUAGACCACAACAACAGAACGACCCAGUUCACAGAUCCUAGACUGUCUUCUAAUCUACAUAAUAUUCUCAAUAAACACCAGCAGAGACAACAGACCACGCCCCCAGCCCCGCCCCUGCCCCAGCAGGCCCCGCCCUCCCUCCACAGCUGCGACCUGCACAUCCUGGAGCAGCAGCCGCCCAAGUACAAGCGGGACCUGCACCAGAAGCUGAAGAACCUGCGGGCGGAGCUGUCCCAGCUGCAGCCGCAGGCAGGGCACUGCAGGAUCGAGGUGUCCAGGGAGGAGAUCUUCGAGGAGUCCUACAGGCAGGUUAUGAAGAUGAGACCUAAGGACCUCAGGAAGAGACUGAUGGUCAAGUUCAAGGGAGAAGAAGGGUUGGACUACGGAGGAGUCGCAAGAGAGUGGUUGUACCUGCUUUCCCACGAGAUGUUGAACCCGUACUACGGACUGUUCCAGUACUCCCGGGAGUCAGACUACACGCUACAGAUCAACCCAGACUCAGGAGUCAACCCUGAACAUCUGUCCUACUUCCACUUUGUUGGGCGGAUUAUCGGCAUGGCGAUCUUCCAUGGACACUACAUCGACGGGGGCUUCACCCUCCCUCUCUACAAGCAGCUACUCGGCAAGCCUAUCUCACUGGACGAUAUGGAAUCUGUGGACCCUGAUCUACAUAGAAGUCUGAUCUGGAUACUAGAAAACGAUAUUACAGGCAUUCUGGACAACUCCUUCUGUGUGGAACAAGACUCUUUUGGUGCACUCCAGACCCACGAACUCAAACCCAAUGGCUCCGACAUCCCUGUCACUGAAGACAACAAGAAAGAAUAUGUCAAGUUGUAUGUCCAGUGGAGGUUCCUACACGGAAUCGAGGCCCAGUUCCUGUCCCUGCAGAAGGGCCUUCAGGAGAUCAUCCCCCCACAUCUGCUCAGACCUUUCGAUGAGAAAGAGUUGGAGCUGAUGGUGACAGGCUUAGGUAAGAUCGACAUCGAUGACUGGAAGGCCCACACCAGGUUAAAGCACUGCACGCCAGACUCCACAGUGGUGAAGUGGUUCUGGCGGGCCGUGGAGUCGUUUGAUGAUGAGAGAAGAGCGCGCUUACUCCAGUUUGUGACAGGCUCAUCGCGGGUCCCUCUGCAGGGGUUCAAGGCUCUACAAGGUUCCACAGGGGCAGCAGGCCCGAGGCUCUUCACGAUUCACCAGAUCGACGCCAGCACUGAUAACCUACCCAAGGCUCACACAUGCUUCAACCGGAUCGACAUCCCUCCAUAUGAGAAUUACGAGAAACUAUUGGAAAAACUAACCUGUGCUGUGGAAGAGACAUGUGGAUUUGCUGUGGAGUGAUGGAAAACCUGCAAGUCAACAUGUUGCUAUCCUGCCCUCCCCCUUCACGAAUGGUCUGUUCCAAGAGGAAGAGUAUCAGAAGACUGUUGUAUUCAAUUAUAGAAUGUUCCAUUCGUGCGGGGGGCGGGGCUGUGCAUAUGAAAGCAAGAAUUGAAAUGGUUACACAGAUGCUGUAUUGUGUAUAUGUGCAUAACAGAAGAAAAGAGAGAUCAUCCAACUUUAUGGACAUUUCAUAACAAUUUUGUACAAAUUUUGAGCUUCCUUAAUUUAUUUGAAAGUCUGCGACACUGCUUUGUGAAUGGGUUGUGCCUUAGUUAGCCAAGCUUUUAGCAUGACACAAGGCAGUGCACUUAUCGAACUGAUAAACUCUGUUUUUUUCUAGCCCUCUCCUUGAAUUUUCACCAAGAUUGUAAAUAAUUCUGUUUGUCACACCAGCCACACCAUUUUGUCUAGUCUGUAUCUAAGAACUGUUUUUAAAGUAAAUUAAGAGAAAAGAUAUCAUCCAAAUGUAUCCAACAGUUUUUAACGACAAAUGAAGGUGUAUUGUCCCCUUCUUCUUCACCCCCAUCCCCCAUUGCUUCCAGCCAAAUUUGCACAGAAUAGGUUAUGCAGUAGUUUCUUGGCUGGUGUUCCAAACAGAGUGGUAGUAGGUUGGUAGUUUUAUGUAGAUAGAACUUGAGAAGGAGAAGGCUUGUUUGCAUGUUUACUGGUGUCAAAAUUUGUAGAUCACAGGCAUUAUUUAAGGACCCCUUAACAGUAAAAUGUGUUGAAUUGUGGCUUGUGAUUGUCUCUUGGCUAUUGCUUUAUGCUGAUGAACACAGAAACCACCCACUUGUGACAGUGGUGUAGUCUAAGUCAAAGGAAAAACAGGUUCGUCAGAGGUAUGUCUAUCAUUUGGAUGUACCAUUUUGGUAGGCAUGGGUCGAUUAGCGUGUUUUCAACCUGCACUUUCCAUAGAUAUUAAUAUAUAUAGCUCAACAGGUAUUUUAGUAACUCCAGAAAAUGCAGUGAGCUUGCCAGGAAAACACAGAAGAAGAAGAAGAAAAGGAAAUUUAUAUUUUAUGACCACAUUUUUCACAGCCGGUAAAAACACUUUGUCUAUUGCAGAUGAACAGGUAUAUUUUUUAAUGGUUUCCACAGUAAUACUGUAAAAUGGUUUCAUUUGGUGGGGCUACAUUCUAACAGCCAUGGUGGCAAACUGGUAGGCUUUUGCUUUUGUGAAGCAUUCUUCGAAUGAUAAAUGUGAACUGAUCUGCAUCCAUUUUUCUGUUUAGAAAUGUACAUUUUGUGAUUCAGACCUAAAUCUGCCAAAUUUGCAAAAAAAUGAACACUUGCCAAAUUCUCUGUACAUCUCAUCAUUGCCCAACUAAAUUCACAAAUUUAUGUGUUCAAUGUACUGUUCUUAAUAUGUAUGCUUCGUGAAAGAUGUUUUAACGAAAAAAGUACCAAUUGACCAGCUUUUUCUGUGCAUAUCAGUUCCAUAGACUCAUAAAUUGAGUCAGAACUACUAGAAAAGUGGCACAUAGACAGCUCCUUGCAGAUAACAAUGGAACUGCACUCGAAAUUCAUCACAGUAUUUACUGCCAUUGCUUUGUUAGACCUCACAAAUUUUAGGGGCCCCACUUUUUUUUAUUGUAAUGGCUGCUGAAACUAUUAAUGAGGAAUUAACCCUACUUUGGAAACCAGUAUCCCUAUAGUAUAACUGCCCUUAAAUGUGCUACUUUUGUCGUGUUUUUGACCUGUACAUAAGUGCCAAUGUCUGCUUUCCUCUGCAGUGCCACCCUCCCCAGUUAGUCUAUAUGAUGCCAGUAUUGUGGAAAUGUUCCUCAUGUUCUCACCGCACCCAGCACGGAGUGGUGACUGUGUAGGCAUGUGUAUAGGUACCAGCCUCUCUGUACAAGUACGCAACCACAUAUUUAGUAGAUAUGAUAAUAUUGUGUAAAUUAUUUCAUAAUUCACAGUAAUUUAUGUGUAUAUCUCUCCACUGAACAUGUACAAUUUGGUCCGGCUGCAGAACCUAAGGUGACACUUAAGUUGUCAUGUAAUAUGACCCACAAUUGUGUACAGACAAAAUAAAACCCAAGUUUGGUUUCAUUUUUUACCUCAA